AACACGAUACAAAAAAAUGCCAUUCCAAGGAUACGUAGCACCUAAGAAUAUAGAAAGAUAUUCGCACAUCUCGGAAAAACUUCAAGACAUCCAGAGAAUGUUUGAAUGUUUAGAACUUCAGAGGAUCUUUGAAGUUUCAGAAAAUCAUCAGUACUCUCAGAGUUUCAAAGAAUCUACAGAUUCUCGAAAAAUCGAAGACCUCAAUCUCAUCGCACCAGCUGUGUGGGUGGCUGCGGCGUCUUAUUAUAAAAAUCGAAAGGAACCGUAUUGCAGACUUGUGGCGAGGGUAACCCUGGCACUUGCUGCGGCGAAGGAGAUUCUAGAAAACGUGGAAACCAUGAAUUUUGUAAUCUAUAAACGACGAAACUCACCUCCUCCCGUGCCCUGUACGCCCCCAGACACUCCCGUCGUCGUUUGCCCUCCUGCCGAUGCCGGGCCGAUGACGGGCGGCAAUGGCAACGGCGGCGGUGCUCCGCCCACCGUCGUUACGGCACCGCCUGUUGCGGCCGACCCCGUCGUAACGCCCGCCACAGCCCCUCCUUCUCUGCUCGCCCCUCCGCCCCCGCCACCACCGCCGCCCGUAUCGUCCGCCUUCCGUUUCCGCUUCCGCUCCGUCGGCGUGCGCGUUGACGCUGCCGCAGCCGCCGCGGCCGCCGCAGCCGCUGCUACCGCCGCCGCCACCGCCUUCUCCGGAGUUAUCGGGUCCACCUCUUUGUCGCUGAUAACAACUCUCUCGACUCGCUCACCGAUUACCGAACCGACCGUCGGAACGAGUCACAGCAAGAGCAGCGACGACGAGCGACCCGAACACAGCUGUUCGGUCUGCGACGUUGCCGCCUUUACGCGGUCGCACCGGCCCGGAGCGGUUAGUUAG